AUGUGGCAACGGAUUGCCGCCUGCAUCGAAGCAAACGGAGGCCAUACCCGAGCUUGCUUUGACAAGUUACAAGUUGGUAACUAUAUCUGCUGGCUGGUGUUGGACUACCUCUCUGAUACAAUUUACCUGAUGGACACAUGCGUCCGACUUCGCACAGGGUUCCUGGAACAAGGUCUGCUGGUGAAGGAUCAUGUCAAGCUUCGAGACAGCUACGUACGAACGCUGCAGUUCAAGCUGGAUGUGUUGUCCAUCCUGCCCACUGACCUGGCUUACCUCGCCACCGGUAUCCACACACCACAGCUCAGGUUCAACCGCCUGCUACGCUUUCCUCGCAUGUUUGAGUUCUUUGACCGAACUGAGACUCGCACUAACUACCCCAACAUCUUCCGUAUCUGCAACCUGGUGCUUUAUAUCCUGGUCAUCAUCCACUGGAACGCUUGCAUCUACUACGCUAUCUCUAAGUCUCUGGGGUUGGGCUCAGACACUUGGGUGUUUCCAAACAGCUCCAAACCAGAGUUUUCAUCCCUCACACACAGUUACGUCUACUGUCUAUACUGGUCCACACUCACUCUUACUACUAUUGGAGAGAUGCCUGCACCUGUACGAGAUGAAGAGUACCUCUUUGUUGUCUUUGACUUUCUUGUCGGGGUGCUGAUCUUCGCCACUAUUGUGGGAAACGUUGGUUCUAUGAUUGCCAACAUGAACGCCACCCGUGCUGAGUUUCAAGCUCGAAUUGACGCAAUAAAACACUACAUGCACUUUCGUAAAGUCAGCAGGGAAUUGGAAACGCGUGUCAUUAAAUGGUUUGAUUACCUGUGGACCAAUAAGAAAGCAGUUGAUGAGCAGGAAGUGCUAAAGAACCUGCCAAACAAACUGCGGGCUGAGAUUGCGAUCAAUGUACACCUGGAGACUUUGAAGAAAGUACGGAUUUUUCAAGACUGUGAGGCGGGACUUUUGGUGGAGCUGGUGCUCAAACUGCGGCCACAGGUUUUCAGUCCAGGCGACUACAUCUGCCGGAAAGGGGACAUAGGAAAAGAGAUGUAUAUCAUUAAAGAGGGGAAGCUGGCUGUGGUGGCUGACGAUGGGGUCACACAAUACGCUCUGCUCACUGCCGGUAGCUGCUUUGGGGAAAUCAGCAUCCUGAACAUAAAGGGCAGUAAAAUGGGAAACCGUCGGACUGCGAACAUCCGCAGCCUGGGCUACUCCGAUCUGUUCUGCCUCUCAAAGGACGAUCUGAUGGAGGCGGUGACAGAGUAUCCAAAUGCUAAGACUGUUCUGGAGGAGAGGGGCCGUGAGAUCCUGAUGAAGGAGGGUCUGCUGGAUGAGAAUGUAGAGCGAGGAGGACUGGAGAAGGAGGACACUGAGGACAAGGUGGAGAGGUUGGAGUCCUCUCUGGACACGCUGCAGACUCGCUUUUCCCGUUUACUCAACGAAUAUAAGCAUACGCAGCAGCGGCUGAAGCAGCGCAUCACUCUGCUGGAGCGACAGCUGAACCACACGGAUGGUGGAGCUGUUGCAGACGACGACAUGGACACUGAUAUGGAGAUACAGAAACAGUCGACAAAGCAGGAAAAAUGACAUUAACCACAUGAA